AUGUCUAUCAUAGCCAAAAAAAAACAUUCAAAAGAAACGUUAAAAAAAUUAAAGCUCUUACAAAAAUCAAUAGCUAAGAAUCAACUCUAGGAAUUAAAUGAAAAUUUAAUUGGAGAUGUAGAUGAUUUAAUCAAUUUCUUUAAAAAGAAUAGAACUUUAAAAUUAUAUAAAGGUACUCUAUCAUAUUUUAAAAUAAAUCCUUUAAAUAAUAUGCUAUACCUUUUAUCUAGUAUAUAAAUUAACUAAAACCAAUACAAAUAAAAUUAAGAAUAAUUAUAAAAAAAGGUUAUUUACGGUCUUUUACAAUUAUUAGAAGAAAAGAGAGUAGUGCCAAAAAUUUUAGGUUGUAUUUAAUUAGAAAAUGGAAAUUUUAAAUGGAUUGAUAAUUUAAAAUAUUUAUCCGAAUUAAUUACUGCAGCUUCUCUAAACGAUGAUUAUAAAUUUAAAAACUAAGAGAAAAUAGAAAUUGAUGAAUCAUAACCUAUGAAUGAUCAAUAUCUAUUAUUAUUAUCUUUGUAAUUACUUUAACCCCAUGUUGACUAAUUUUUAAAUACGAAACAUUUAAAUUACAACGAUUUUAAUUAAAUUUAUGAAACUUACAAAAAGAUUUCAACUGCCUCAGAUAGUAAUCAAAUAAAUAAAUAAAUUAAAUAGAUUUAUACUGCUAUAGCUGAAAAAAUAAAUACCUUAGGUUGUUAUCUUUAAUCAAAUGAAAUAUUGAAUAAAUCUAAUAAUGUAGAAUUGUUAAGGGCAUUCAUAAUUAAGAAAUUAAUUAUCAUUUCAAUAACAUAGAUUAGUGAAUAGAAAGUUGGUUUACCAGAUAUUGUAAAAAAAAUAAUAUUAUCAAAUCCAGAUUCAAUAAACUUUUUUGGUUAAAAAGGAGGAGUUGAAUUAAGAUAUCCGCUUUUUUUUAUUAAAUAAUUGUCUAAAUAAGAUGAAAUUAAGGAUUCAAGAAUUUAAUAUUGUAUAAGAUAAAUGGAUGAAAAUUUAAAUUGGUUAGAAUUGAAAUCUCUUUACUAUAAUACUAUAUUACCUAAUUUUUAGAAUUAUGAAUCAUUGACUGAAGAAGAUAUUAUUAUUGCUUAAUUGGAAAUAUUGGAUUAAAAUUUUAGUAAAUAUGAAAGGUAAAUUAGAAAACACAUUAAAAAACCAUCAGCUAAAGCAUAAAUAACAUAAAUUGAAAAUAUCUUAAAAGAAGAAACUAAUUUUACUUAAUUUUCAAAUUAAUUAUUAGAAAAAUUAUCAAAGAUUGGUUAAAAACUGAUUUAAUUUCAAGAAAUAUGUAAUUAAGAAGGAUUAUAAAGACCAAAAAUGCCUAAAUAUGCAAGAAAAAUUUUAGAAGCUCCUAAUAAAGUUGCAUAACCUGCAGAAAGUUAUAAUUGUUUAUCUGAUCUAUUGAAAUAUUAAAGACAAAAAUUUUCACAUUUCAUUAGAUUUUUUGGAGAAUAUUUAAUUAAUAAAAAUGUUCCUUAUCCAUAUUUCUUUGAAAUACUUAAAUGUGGUUAAAGUUGUGUUAGAGUAGAUGUUAGAAUAACAACAAUAGAAUAAUUUGUAUAAGAUUCUCAUUUUAUAAAUUUCAUGUUUGAAGAAUAUUCAAUAGAUAUUAGUGGUUUAACCAUAAGAGAAAGAGCUAAUCAAUUAGGUAAUUUACCAUAUGAAAUCUUAAUUAAAAAUCACAAAUUUAAAGAAUGCUGGGGAGAUAUUCUAAUUAAACAAGCUUAAAUGAUAUAUGAAAAUAGAAAAACAUUAAAAUGGGAACUUGUUAAAAGAUUGAAAACUGAAAAAGUAUUGGAAGUAUUUACUUAAAUAGAAGAACAAGGAAGAAAUAUAAGUUGGAAAAGAUUAGAAUUAUAAAGAGAAAUUAUUAAGUUGAAAAAUUAUGUAUAAAAAUAAUAAUGA